CUUGGGGGAAAGGCGUUGAACUCGGCUGCCCGGUUUGCUUAUCUCUUUAAUUGCAGUGACGCACGGAUUGGUGGUUCGUGGCAGCAGAGGGAGGCUGGGACAGUGUAAAAGGCCUCUCCCAGAGAGUUUGAAGGGAGAGUUGUGAGCAUCUGCCUCCCCGCGUCCGGAUUCCUUUCCUGCCCUUGCAGCCGUUUCCUUCUCCUCCUCUCAAAGGCUCUCCAUCGCCAGGGGAGGGGUGCCGGGAGGCUGUUGAGUCAACCCAGGCAGGGCAGCACUUCAAAGUUGUUCAUUCUGUUUCUCCCCGGAUUUCUUGCAGCUUUUUCAGCGUUUCUCCCUGGCCAGAAGUCUCAGAGCAACUACCCCUUCCAGGUUCUGAAACAUGGACAGCCUCUCUGCAGCGAAUACAGACUUUGCCCUCAGCCUCUUCAAGAAGCUUAGCACAAAUGAUCCUACCAAGAACUUGUUUUUUUCUCCCUUGAGUAUAUCUUCUGCGCUGCUCAUGGUCUCUUUGGGUGCCAGAGGUAACACAGAGACUCAGAUGUCAAAGGUGCUAUCUGUAUCCAAAGAUAAAGAGGUUCACCAAAUAUUUGAAAAACUCAUUUCCAAAAUCAACAAACCAGGCGCCAAUUAUGUCCUCAGUCUAGCCAACAGGCUCUUUGGAGAAGCGUCAUAUGAUUUUCUUGCAUCAUUUAUAGAUUCCACUCAGAAAUUCUACCAUGCAGGUCUGGAGAAACUUAACUUCAGUGAAGCUUCAGAAGAUUCUAGAACACAUAUAAAUGCCUGGGUGGAAGAAGAAACUUCAGGUAAAAUUGAGAAUCUGCUUGCCCCAGGAAUAAUUAAUUCUCUUACAAAGCUGGUUUUGGUGAAUGCUAUCUAUUUCAAGGGAAACUGGGCAGAUAAGUUCAACAAAGAUCGCACAAAGGAAAGGCCAUUCAAGAUUAGCAAGAAUGAAAGCAAAACGGUACAGAUGAUGCUCAAGAAAGCUAAGUACAACAUGAGCUACAUAUCAGACUAUCGUACUGCAAUUCUUGAAUUGCCAUAUAUUGAUAAUGAGUUGAGCAUGAUCAUUCUGCUUCCUGAUAAGAUUGAAGAUAACUCUACUGGAUUGGAAAAGCUGGAGAGAGAAAUUACUUAUGAGAAACUCAUUGAUUGGCUCAAUCCAGAGAUGAUGGACCUAAGAGAAAUUGAACUCUCCUUUCCCAAAUUUAAACUGGAGGAAAAAUACGACCUGAAGCCUGUUCUUAGAAGCAUGGGAAUGACAGAUGCAUUUGAUCAGGGCAAGUCAAACUUCUCUGGAAUGUCAGCUAACAGUGAUUUAGUCCUGUCUGAAGUUGUUCACAAAUCAUUCAUAGAAGUCAACGAAGAAGGCACUGAGGCAGCUGCUGCCACUGCUGCAGUUAUGAUGUUGAGGUGUGCCCACUUUGUGCCAGAAUUCAAGGUUGACCAUCCCUUCCUCUUUUUUAUUAAGCACCGUUCUACAAAUAGCAUUCUGUUCUUUGGUAGGUAUAUUUCUCCAUAGGGGACAAAUCUUGUAUAUAUUGAUAAAAUGGCUGACCCUUCAUUCCUCAUCAGAUUUUUAUAAGCCAUGUUGUACUGAACUUUCACCACCACGCUUUUGAUUUUCUCUCUAUUUUGAAUAUAGAUAGUUUCUUCUAGUCAUACUGGACUUUAAGCCCUUCCAGGACAGAAUUGUAGUCCAGCUAUUCAAGAAGAUUGUAAUACGGCUUUAAUGAAUUCAAGAAAAGAAUUUUUAGUACAAGUUGCUAGUGUUCAGAUUGGCAGAUAAAUCCUGCAAAAUUUAUUUGAGAUUUAUGGGUAUCUGGGGUGUGGAGGACAAGUUACAAAGCAUGAAUCAUGAGAUCACAACAUAGAUGAAUCUAUGUAUCUGUCCCAUAUACAUUUCCAUGUGAUGAUACAAGUACAGACAGCUCAGCUUGCAUUGUGACAUCAUGUUUUUGUCAUUUUGGUGAUGUCAUGGCUAGCUGUGGAUGCCUCUGCUGAGCUUAUAAUAAGGGUAAACAGUGCUGGAAGAAUACACAUGUCCUGGACACACAUUUUUCUGGUCAUAAAUACUGUAGUUGACAAGUAUGAAUCCUGUCUUGGAACUCAAAUGUAUGGAUCAUUUAAUCAAGCAAUUUGUAUGCAGCUCAAAUAUCUACAAAUGAUAUUUACCUUAUAUAAUUCUUAUUGUGGUGCAGCUUUUCAUGUGUUCAAAAUUGAAAUAAAAGAGCAUUUGAUUGUG